GAAAUUUUAUUUCAUUUUUUAUUCUUUUCUUCCAUUCUUGCACCGAACUUAAAAGGAGCAAAAGUGUUUGCUUCCCCAACAGAGGUUCUAUUCUUUAUUCUCUCUUCGAUUCCACCAUCCAUAACCAUCUCUACAUACAACACUCUGAAAAUGGUGGAGCGGAAGUUCCUUGUUCACCACAAUGGCUCGGACUUCGCCGUGGACUACGACACCGACGACGGCUUUGAAGUUUUCAAAUUCCAGCUUUUCUCCCUCACUUCUCUUCCACCAGACGACCAAAAGAUUAUCGGAGUUGAUGGUGAUCGCACGGUCUCCACCGAUUCCGAUCUCAUUGACAUAUCGGAAAAACUCCGAUUGGUUUCCAUCAGUGAGGAUCACAAAGAAGAAGAGAAUGGAGAAUCAAGUACCGGAAAUGAAGCUGAUUUUCUUAAAUCUGAUGAGGAAUUGGCUCGAAUGUUGCAGGCGGAGGACGAGGCACUUAUGUUUCAGCAGUAUAUUGCGGCUGAAAAUAACGAAGCUUUUGAGCAUAGAGUACGGCCUUAUAUCGAGCAAGUUCGCCUGUAUGAGGAUCCAAUGCGCCAGGAGGCUGCUCGAAAAACAGUCCCAGUCGAUGAGCUCGAGGAGAAAGCAUUGGUUUCUUUGGCAAAGGAGGGUGAGUUUAAUCCGUCAAAGGCAGAACAGGAUCACGCUUUCCUACUGCAGCUUCUUUUCUGGUUCAAGCAAUCCUUCAGUUGGGUCAAUGCACCUCCUUGUGAUAGUUGUGGCAAGGAAACCAUAAGCCAAGGAAUGGCUGCUGCACUUCCUUCUGAACUUCGUUACCGAGGUUCUCGAGUUGAAAUUUAUAGAUGCAAAUUUUGUUCAAUGAUCACCCGUUUCCCACGCUACAAUGAUCCACUGAAGCUUAUAGAAACAAGAAGGGGACGUUGUGGGGAGUGGGCCAAUUGCUUCACACUUUAUUGUCGAGCUUUUGGAUUUGAAUCCCGUUUGAUUUUGGAUUUCACCGAUCAUGUUUGGACAGAGUGCUUUUCACUAUCUUUGGGAAGAUGGAUGCAUCUUGACCCUUGUGAAGGAGCGUACGACAAGCCAUUGUUAUAUGAGAAAGGGUGGAAUAAGAAAUUAAAUUAUGUAAUCGCCAUUGCAAAAGAUGGAUUAUAUGAUGUCACUAAACGAUACACAAGGAAGUGGCAUGAGGUUCUGUCUAGACGAAUUGUUACCACAGAGUCUGCAUUGACAAGUGUACUUGAUAAGAUAACAAAAGAGUGUCGAAGUGGAUUUUCAUCUCAAGUUCUCUCUGUACUUAAAGAUCGUGAUGAAAAGGAACGAGAAGCAAUUGAAAGAGAGUUAUAUUCUACAGAUGAUGCCUCAAUCUCAUUACCUGGAAGACAAAGUGGUGAUAAGGAAUGGCGGAAGUUGAGAUCAGAAAUUGGUUCUGAUUCCUUGAGUUGCUCUUCUUGUCCAGUUCGGUUAUGCAUAGAUGAGCAUGUGACUAGAGUUUAUGAUGCAUUUCUUCCACUCUUUUCUCAUUUUGUCAAGGAAGAACUUCCCAAGUCAGUAGUUCUCGAAUUGCUUGGGUUUGUUGGAGGCUUUCUCAAAGAUCUCCAGAAAUCCCCUUUUAGAACUAGGAAGGCCUCAUUGGAUUUAGCAAGUAGUCAAGCAUUUGUGCAUCAAGCUCUGCCCUUUUUUUAUGAGUUACUUAACGCCCUUUCACUUAAAAAGGUUGACACAGGUGGGAAUGUGGAUAUUUGUUUAGCCGGCAACCCUGUUAAAACCUCUAUAGCACUUCCUGUUGCCUUGGAUGCUUUGGAUUACACCAUACAUAAUCUUAAGAAUUGUGAAAAUUUGAAUCAAGCUUCUCUCACAUUGCCUCUGUUGAAAUUAAGUAGAAUACAUUCUGGUUCAGUCCUUGCGAGUGGUGAAGAACUUCCCUUCGGAAUUGCCACUUCUGCAUUUGAUGGAAUUCAGACUACUAAAUGGGAAGAACCAAAUGGUGCUCGAGGUUGUUGGCUAAUAUACAAGGCGUCAGCCAAUCUGAAGCACAAACUCGUGGCCUAUGAGUUAAUGUCAGCCAAUGAUGCACCAGAAAGGGAUCCAAUGGAUUGGGUUCUUGAGGGAAGUGAUGAUGGAGGGUCCAGUUGGAAUCUGUUGGAUAAACAAACUAAACAAAAGUUCGAUGAGCGCUUCCAGCAUCGGACAUAUAAGAUUGCAUCUCCUGGUCCACAGUUAAAUGCUUUCAGGUUUAGAUUUCUGGCAGUUCGAGACUCUAAUUCAAAUUCACGGUUGCAGAUUGGUAGCAUUGACCUCUAUUCAGGAAGCAAUUGAUGGGAAUGACAAAUAAAGUCGAAAAUAAAAACUCACACUUCUCUAUUGUUAUCGAUCAUGCAAGUGAUGGCUUUAGAGUUAAUUGAUAAUAGUUCAAGGGCCUACGUACAAGCCUAGUAGAAGUGAAAUAAAUCUUCUUUUUUCAAACAUAAUAUUUAUGCAUAGCAAACUGUAUUGACUAUCAUUUCAAAAAUUAAAGAAGUUCGUGUGCUACAUAAAAAA